AUCAAACGCUCAAUUGACUAAGAUUUGCAACAUGGAGGACGAUGAAGAAGAAAUGAAAUCUCUGCGUGAAAGCAAAGGUGAUUCAAGUAAGGAUGAAGCAAACAAACCUUCAGCAACUCAGAGCCAUGUGCAAGGAACACAGAAGAAAGCCCGUACAUUUGACUUUAUGGCCAUGUUUCAGGAAGCUCGCAAAACUGCCAUCGACAGAACAAAGGAUAACAUAGAUUCCGAGCCUCCAGAUAUAGAAACGCUGACUGUGAGUAAGAAGGAAAAAUCAAGAAAAGAAUCAAGUUCAUCAUCAGGUUCUGAUAGUGACAGUAGUGCUGAUUCUGAUUCUGACUCUUCCAGUUCAGAUGAAAAACCAAAUUCAAAAACAAAGAAGGACAAACCAAAGAAAAAGGCAGUUAGUUCAGAUUCUGAUGAGGAGGUUGUAGGGCCUCCACUUCCCCCUGGAAUGCUUGGUCCAGACAAAACAAAGAGAAGUGACGAGGAAGAGGAUGACAUAGGUCCACCUCUUCCUCCUGGCAUGAGGGGAGGAGGAGACUCUGAUUCUCCUGGCAUGAGGGGAAGAGGAGACUCUGAUGAGGACGAUAGUGAGGAGGAGGAAGAGAGUUUGAUUAGUAAAAUUCCAUCGAGCCAUGAAAUUUUACUGAACCAUGGAGUCAAACCUGUAUCUGCCCUAGCAUUGGAUCCCUCGGGGGCGAGGCUGGUCACUGGGGGUGUCGACUAUGAAAUGAAGUUCUGGGAUUUUGCUGGAAUGGACACCUCAUUAAAAUCUUUUAGGUCAAUCAGACCUUGUGAAUGUCACCCUAUCAAGCAGUUACAGUAUAGUUCUACAGGUGACACCAUAUUGGUUGUGUCUGGUAACAACAAGGCCAAGGUCCUGGAUCGGGAUGGCUUUGAGAAAAUGGAGUGUGCAAAGGGAGACCCGUAUCUCUUAGACAUGUCCAACACAAAGGGACAUUCAGCUAUGUUGAACUCAGGAUGCUGGCAUCCUAAAACAAGGGAAGAAUUUAUGACCUGUUCCAAUGACGGCACUGUCAGGUUAUGGGAUGUGAAUAUGGAAGGAAAGAAACACAAGACAGUUCUCAAACCACGGACCCAGUUAGGACGUAAAACUGUCCCCACCACCUGCACCUACAGCAAAGAUGGCCGCUGGGUGGCGACAGCAUGCCAAGAUGGCUCUAUACAGAUAUGGGACCAUAACAAGUCCUUUGUGAAUGUUUCCAUGGUGAACAGGAAUUGUCACAUGAAUGGCAGCGAUACGUCAUGUCUCUGCUUCAGCUACUGCGGACAGAUACUGGCAUCAAGGGGAGGGGAUGAUACCCUGAAAACCUGGGAUAUCCGCAACUUCAAGAAGCCUCUCAAUGUUGUGAAUGAUCUUGACAACUUCUUCUCUUUCACAGAUUGUGUUUUCAGUCCAGAUGAUCAAAUGAUUAUCACAGGACUUUCAGUUAAGAAGAAUACUGGCAAGGGGAAGUUACUCUUUUAUGAACGAAACACACUAACCAAGCUGUCAGAACUUGAAAUAUCCGACUCGAGUGUUGUGCGUUGUCUAUGGCACCCAAAGCUCAAUCAGAUGGUCGUUGGCUGUGCAGACGGCCAAGUCAGACUUUUCUACGAUCCAAAAAAAAGUCAAAGAGGUGCAAUGUUGAGUGUUGUGAAAUCAGAAAGAAAAAGCAGACAGAUUAAAGUGAUGACCACCCAACAAAUUAUAACACCCUAUGCUCUGCCAAUGUUCCGUGAGGGCCGCCCAACAAGUACGCGUAAAGCAGAGGAGCGGGUUAGGAAGGACCCUGUUAAAUCUAGGAGACCUGACCUCCCCAUCACUGGGCCAGGUGAAGGUGGUCGUGUUGCCCAAAGGGGAGCAACUCUCUCUCAGUAUGUGGUCCAAAAUCUUGUCCUUAGAAAACCUGAUAAAUAUGAAAAUGAUCCAAGGGAGGCCAUUCUACGCCAUGCAAAAGAAGCAGAGGAAAACCCAUUCUGGGUGGAACCAGCAUACAAAAAAAAUCAGCCUGUGAGGAUAUUCCAAGAGGUUGAGGAGGAGAAGAAGGAUGAUGAUGAUGAUGAGCCAUUGUGGAAGAAAGCAAAACUAGGAUGAAAUUGUUUUUUUAAUGUAC